AUGGAGCUCAGUCAACUUCCUCUUGUGCUCUUGCUGAUUUCAAACAUCUACUCUCAACAUACUGAAGAAAGACCAAAAGUCAAAGUGAGCAUUAAACCUGAUCAACAUGUAUUCAGAGGAGAGACAGUCACUCUCAGAUGUGACAUUAAUGGUGAAGCAGUCACUAGCUGGCAGUACAGCUGGUAUAAAGACGGUUCAGUCAGUGUUUUCAGUGAACUACAGGAACACAUAUUCAGUCCUGUUACUGAGUCUGUCGCAGGUAAAUACUCCUGUUAUGGAGAAGAGAGAGGAGGAUCACGAACAUCAAACAUCAGUGAUGCAGUUACACUGACAGUAUCAGAUAAACCCAGAGCAGUUUUAAGUGUUUCUCCACAGAAGUGGUUGACUGAAGGAGAUCCAGUGACUCUGAUCUGUGAGGUUAAAGGCUCCUCUACAGGCUGGACAUUCAGCUGGUACACUGUAACUGUUUCAGACUACAGAAGUCAUCAUUAUAAGACACUCUCAGACAGCAGCAGAGGAGCUGGAGGAAACUACACGGUCAGUUCUGUUGCUCUAAAUCAAACAGGAGUUUAUGUGUGCACAGCAGAGAGAGGAAAACGAGUCUAUGACACAUGGAACAGCAACACACAGUUAAUAUGGGUCACUGCUGUAAUUGUCUCCUCAGGUGUUUCUCCUCCAGUCUCUCUGAUCGUCAGUCCCAGCAGAACUCAACACUUCACAUCUGUCUCUCUCUCUCUGAGCUGUGUGAACCAGAGUAACUCUGAUAGAUGGAGAGUGAGAAGAUACUCAGACAUUUUGGGACUGAUCGAUUGUUCAUCACGCUGGGGAUCACAAACAGGAUCUACAUGUACAACCAGCUCCACCAUCACAUCAGACACUGCAGUGUACUGGUGUCAGUCUGAAUCUGGAGAGAUCAGUCAACCUGUUAAUAUCACUGUACAACUUGGUGUGAUUCUGGAGAGUCCUGUUCAUCCUGUAACUGAAGGAGAUACUCUGACUCUACGCUGUUUAUAUCAACAUUCAACCCCACCAAACCUCAGAGCUGAUUUCUAUAAAGAUGGAUCACUCAUCCAGAGUCAAAAUACAGAGAUGAUCAUCUCUACUGUCUCAAAGUCACAUGAGGGUUUCUACUACUGCAAACAACCAGAGAGAGGAGAGUCACCCAAGAGCUGGAUCUCAGUCAGAAUGUCUCAUUCAGAAUCUCAGAUCUCUGUCCUCCACACACUCAGUUCUGUACUGGCAGUUUGUCCAUAUCUGCUAGUGACAGUCGUGCUGAUCUUCAAAUGCUACAGGAUGAGAGAGGUGGCGGCUGAUGCUGCAGAACCUCCCAAGGUAGUGGAGUUCGCUGCUGUUUCCCCAGAGGCGAUGGCGCCCGCUGCAGCUUCUCCAGAGGUGUGCUGCAGAACCUCUCGAGGCGGCGGCGCUCGCUUCAACUCCUUGUACGGUGGUAGCGCCCAGCAAGGCACUCUCAACCUGUCAUGUCGUAGUCGAAGGAACCGUUAA